AUGACGUUCAAUAUUACCAUUGGUCCCAGCCCACACGAUUCAGAUCAUUCCUCCUUAUCUGAUGAGGAAGACUCAUCAGGGGUGCAAGUGUCUCCAAUCUCCGACUCCGAGAGUCAUGGAUACCAUGACCAUUAUGAAGAAUGGGCCCAUCUUACUUAUCCCGACGAAAUAAAACCUUCUGAUUCGGCGUCUCGACCUCGAACGACACGUCGUACUCGCACUCGCAGUAUCAUAACUGGCCCAACUUCAACCGCCGACCGUCGCCACUCAGCCAGGCGACAUUUGGUCCAGGAAAGGGACACAUUUUCCCGCCGUUCUCGUCGCCAUCCUUCUCCAGACUCACCAGAAAGUGCUGAUUCGGCUGAAGAAUACGGAAGUCCCUAUGGCCACGCAUCGCAAGAAAGAAGAUAUUGGUCAUCUGUGCCCCAAGUCCCAGGUUAUGCCCGCAGCUCGUCCCCUGGGCCGUCGUACGUUUAUCCGAGCGGGACUAGUAUACCUCAUGCGCCUUUCAUGCACCCAGCUGGUCUUCCUCCCUCCGACCAGCUAGUAAGACUCAGCCACAAUGGUCAAGUCGGCCAGCAGACGACGUACACUCACCCAGUCUACGGAUAUACCUCUCAGUUACAGCAACCCCAUGGCCCUCCAAUGCCACCAUUUUUCGUUCACGAGCACCAUCCAGGGCAUCAUCCCCAUCAAGUUUCGACAGCUUCCCAUAGCCGCGGAGAUGGUCAUAACCCACCACAGCACGCGAUGUCUCAUCAUAUUUCGCCUCAUGGCCCAUCUCCCUAUGGCGCGCCUCCCUUGGGCCCCCACGACCUGGUUCCUUAUGGACCAGGAAGCUAUUACCCUUUCAGAGAGCCCUAUCCCAUCGUCCCGGGGAUGAUUUCACCGUAUUUCAACCCAUAUCCACGUGUGCCUUCACCAAGCCAAGUUGAGUCUAGUGAAUCGCCUGCUCCUGCACCGGCGCCGGCGCCGGCGCCGGUUGAUACAGCAAAGGAUGAGGCUAUUGCAAGGCUGGAAAAGUUGAUAAUGGAAGAGCGGACUGAACGCGAAGCCCGGGAAGCCCGGGAGGCUGCCCGGCAAGCUGCAAUCGAGCAAGAGGCGGCCGAACAGGUCUCCAGAGAGGAACGUGCUGCGCAUGAGAAGAAGAUUACAGAGGAGGCUGCAGCACGUGCAAGGGCAGAGGCAGAACAAAAAGCCGCCGAAGAAGCUGCAAAAGCAAAGCAAGAGGCUGAAGAGGCGGCGACGGCGGCGGCGGCCGAGGCGGCGGCAGCAGCCACAGAGGCAGCAAAUGCAGCAGCGGCAGAGGCAGUCGCCGCUGCGACAGCAGCAGCAGCGGCCGCCGCCGCAGCCCCCCCUCCACCGGAGAAGAAAAAGCCCAUAAAGUUCAAAGAUGCUGUCGGCAGGAAAUUCAGUUUCCCAUUUGAAUUGUGUUGCACUUGGCAGGGAAUGGAAGAGCUCAUACGCCAAGCCUUCCUUCACAUCGAAGUAAUCGGGCUUCAUGUUGCCGAGGGACACUAUGACCUAGUAGGCCCCAAUGGCGAUAUAAUUCUUCCUCAGGUUUGGGAAACUGUCAUAGAACCCGAUUGGACUAUAACCAUGCAUAUGUGGCCUAUACCUGAGAAGCCAAAGACCCCGGAGCCUAUCCCACCCCCAGAUCCUCCUGCUCCGCAAGAGCCGCCGCCUCCUGAGGUUGCAGCAGCGCCAGUUGAUGAAGCUAUCGUUAUACUCGAAGAACCUAAAAAAAAGGCCGAGCCAGCUGGUGGGUAACUCCGUUCUUUGAUAUCGCAGUUUCUCCCCAUGUGCUUACUAUUAAUUGAUUCAUUUGGCUCUAUGCAUUUUGGCUGAUCGGGCAUUAGGUGCUAAAAAGCCACGCUCCAAGGCUCCUGAUCCUGGUGCAUUCGCUAUGUGGAUGGUUGGGGGUAAUCGCUUGAAGUUUAACAGGGCUUUAAAAACGGAAAAAAAGCCUAAAGCAGUCUAUCACGGAAUUUCUUGCCGUGUAAUGUGAAGUUACUCAGGUUCUACGAUCUCGUCCUCAGAUUGCGCAUGACAAAAGACAAGGCAAAUAGCGCCUGUCAGUAAGUACUCGAUAUGACUGGAUUACUCUAUGAGGGAGCAACUCCUUUAAUAUCCAAGAGACAUUACUAGGCGGUAUGUGCUACUUGUGUUCCUUGGCUUUAACCAACUCUAACUCGGUCGCUUUUUAUAGAGCAUCUCUUGGCGAGUGUUGUGGAUCCCGAGCCCUCUUCAAUUCUG